AACAACCUUUUCUCACCUUGUUGUUUUGUCACAGAAAAAAAAGACACAUCACACGAGAAUGUCUCCACAAAGUGUUGCAGUUCUUUCACUUUUCAUCACCAUGUUUGUCUCAUCUGGGGUGUGUUUUGGCUCUUUCCUAGAAGACACAUAUGAUUUAACUAAGUAUCAGCAUUACUCUGUCAAACCAAACAAUGAACAUUUUGGUAACAUCAUGAGAAGGGCUUAUGGAUCCAACCCUUCUGCAAGGUCUAAGAGAAUGAUCAGUGUUGAUGACUAUGGAGCCAAAGCUAAUGAUGGAAGAGAUGACACUAAGGCAUUUGAGAAGGCAUGGAAUGAGGCAUGUUCUUCAGGGGAUGUUCUUGUUGUCCCAAAAGCAAAAAUCUAUCAUUUGAAGCCAAUCACUUUUUCAGGACCAUGCCAACCAAACACUGCCUUCAGGGUCUAUGGAACAAUCAGAGCAUGGCCUGAUAUAUCAGCAUAUGGAAAAGAAAGACUAUUCUGGAUCAUGUUUCAAAAUCUCACCAAUCUCAGAGUUGAUGGUGGUGGCAUCAUCAAUGGAAAUGGCAGAAAAUGGUGGCAGAACUCUUGCAAAACCAAUGAAAGCCUUCCAUGCAGACACGCUCCAACUGCUGUGACAUUCUAUGGAUGCAACAACCUGAAAGUGACAAACCUGAGAUUCAAAAAUGCACAACAAAUGCAUGUAAGGUUUCAAAGGUGCAACAAUGUGACGGCUUCGAAUUUGAUCCUGAGAGCACCAGGGAACAGCCCCAACACUGAUGGAAUUCACGUCACAGGGACACAAAAUAUUAUCAUAAGCAAUAGCUCCAUUGGGACAGGUGAUGACUGCAUUUCAAUAGUGAGUGGGUCCGAGAAUGUUCGAGUGAUAGAUGUUACGUGUGGACCAGGGCAUGGAAUCAGCAUUGGAAGCUUAGGGGCUGGUAACUCAAGGGCUAAUGUGUCUAAUGUGUUAGUGAACAGAGCCACCAUAAGAGGAACCACUAAUGGAGUUAGAAUAAAGACUUGGCAGGGAGGUUCUGGAUAUGCGAGAAACAUAAAAUUUGAGAAUAUAGUAAUGAGAAAUGUGACAAAUCCGAUAAUUGUAGAUCAAAACUACUGUGACCAGAAGAAGCCAUGCAAAGAGAAGGUCUCAGCAGUGCAACUGAGUAACAUUGUGUACGAAAACAUAAGAGGAACAAGUGCUUCAGAGGUGGCAAUAAAUUUUGAUUGCAGCAAAAGUUUCCCAUGCAAAGGAAUAUACUUACAAGAUGUGAUCUUAACACCACAGAGCCAUGGUGGCACUAAAACCAUUGCUACAUGUCAAAAUGUUAGAUAUUUUAAUAGAGGAAAGUUUUUUCCUUCAUGCUCUAAUUGAUUAUCAUAUUAGAAGUGUAGUUAUCAUA